AUGCGCAAUGGCGUCGAAGAAAAUGGCACCUUCAUCUCUUCUGCAAACCUAGCCCACCGUGACCGUGAGCAGCGCUCCCACGGACGGACCUCUCCUCAGCAGCAGUACUCCUCCCCGCGCGGUCGUAGCCCCGAUCGUGGCUCCCACCACGGCGGAGGCAGUGGAGGUGGUGGCUAUCGCCACACUAGAGACAAAGACCGCGGCUCCUGGCGCGGUGAUGAUCUAGGCUCAUGGCGGAGUGAUGACCGUCGUGGUGACCGUGAUCAUCAUGAUGAUAGACGCAACAAGCGUCGUGAUGAUCCCUUGGAUGAGGAAGGUGCUGAUCGAAAUCCUACAGAAAAUGGAGUUGAAAUCCGCUCAGAAAUUGAUGUUGAAGUUCUGCCAGAAAAUGACGAAAGUGGCGCUGAAAUUGAUGCAGAGGAACAUUCCUUGACACACUCUGAUCCCGAAGACGCGUCGGAUCCCGAGGAGGAUCCUCCCGCCUCCGGUCUGGACGCUAGCAGCAGGCGGUCCCCGCGCGUGCUGGCCACACGCCCGCGCCCUCUGCCGAUUCGCCAUCUGGCGCCUCGCCCGCCGCGCCGGAGCGGUCCCCGCCCCCUCCAUUAG